UACAAUAACAACUAGUUUUUCAUUUUGAAAAUAUCUCGAAACCGUAACCUAACCUAACCUAACAAUUUAUGCGAUUACCGCGACGAAACUUUGGCUGUACCCUCUGCUUCUGCUGUGUCACUUCUGUACCCACGAGGAUGAAGUUUUCGGAAAUGCAAAUGGUAACUCUGCCAAGUAGAUCAAAGCCUGCUGCUUCUUUUAAUUAAUAACUACAUAGACGAUGAUGAUGACGUAUAUGCCGAACAGAUAAUAGUUUCACACAUAAAAAUGGUAAACCCAUGGUUUAUUUAUCUCAAUUGGCAAGAACAGAAUUCACAUUGAUUGUUGACUUAUAUGGAGACCAAGAUUUUUGCUUUUGAACGAACUUAAAGUGACAAUAUAUUAUUUGGAUCGAAAGUGUUUUGUAUAGAUUUUGUCUCGGAAAAUGCCUACUGUGACUUAAAACAAAAUUCCAUGAUGUACUCCCCCGACAAAAUGAUGGGUGCCAAGGGGCCUACAGGUCUACAUGCGCCCAUAACGUCAAGUGCGGCCUGCUUUCCCGGCAGAUAUUCGCCGACAUAUCGAAGCCCGGAGCCAAUGCCCAGAAGGUGUAUGCCAAAUCCGUCGAGUCGAAUACUUGAAGAUGCUUCAAUAGUUUGUAACUCCUGGUCUCCAAAAUAUAACUUUUUAUUUCAGGGUGACCUACUUUCCGGCUUAAGUGACGGAUACAUCGGCAGAGCGGAUGCAUUGGUUGCGAUGGAUAUUAAGCACCAGGGCGCCGGUGGCCCUGGUGGACUUCCACAACUCAAACAUGACAUGAUGUAUCAUCAUGGAAUGGGCGCGCCACCUCCUGUGUCAAGGGGACAGAUGGGCCACAUGGACGGUCUUGAUAUGCUCGACCCGAUCUCGACAUCGUCAAUGACAACGCUCACGCCGAUGUCAGAAACCCCGCCAUCGCAUAUGCAUUCAGCGUACGGCAUGAACCACGUAAUGAACCACCAUCACCAUCAUGGUGGUCCACUGGCCGGAGCGCCGGGACAUCAUCCAGGUCACCACGGAGCUCAUCCCGGAGCGCAUCAUCCGGCCAUGGCCGCCGCAGCUGCGGCCGCAGUUGCCGGACUUCAUCCCGAUACCGAUACUGACCCCCGAGAACUUGAAGCUUUUGCAGAAAGAUUCAAACAAAGGAGGAUUAAGUUAGGAGUGACGCAGGCUGACGUGGGCAAAGCGCUGGCAAAUUUAAAACUGCCCGGCGUUGGAGCUUUAUCCCAGUCGACCAUCUGUCGCUUCGAAUCGCUCACCCUCUCUCACAACAACAUGAUAGCACUCAAACCUAUACUCCAAGCGUGGUUGGAAGAGGCCGAAGCUCAGGCGAAAAACAAACGGAGAGAUCCUGACGCUCCCAGCGUCCUUCCAGCUGGCGAAAAGAAGAGGAAGCGAACGUCUAUCGCAGCACCGGAGAAACGAAGUCUCGAAGCUUACUUCGCCGUUCAACCUCGUCCUUCGGGCGAAAAAAUCGCCGCCAUCGCCGAAAAGCUUGACCUGAAGAAAAACGUAGUACGCGUGUGGUUUUGUAACCAACGACAAAAGCAGAAAAGGAUGAAGUUUGCGGCGCAACACUGAUACGAUGUGAACUUCGGACCGUACGGUGGGAAUUAGUGAAUGUAUUAUCUCGGUUUGCGAAGUCUAAAUAAAAGUGAAUCUUGUGCAAUGAAACGGUGAAGGGAUGACGACAAAAAUAAAGUGGUACUAAGUAACGCUCAAAACUAUCCAACAACAACAAUUCUAAACUGAGAAAUAAAGGAAGUAUGCUCAAAAUAAUAAUAAAAAAAGAAAGAACGAAAGAGAGAAAACAGAACAAGAACAGUAAGUUAUUAUAUCUAUUAGGUACUAUAGAAUAAUCCGGUAACAUGAUGUUACGAUUAUAAAGUAGACAGUUUUCUAAAACUAUACUUUCUUUCACUUCAUAAAAAUUUAUUUUACAAUCUUGACGGAUAUUUUAAAAAUCAAAUUGCAUCCUCGACGGUCUCAAUGUUUUCAACGUGGGGCCAGAAAACCCACGUUAACAGUUAAUGGCACAAUUGAAUUAAAUUAAAUCCAAUUUGUGUCUAACAAUGAAGCCCAUAGUAAUCAGUAUUCUAUCGAAACUGCCAGAUUUGGAUCGCGAUUUCGAUUUUGUUGUUGAAUCUCAUCGGUGCACACAACCCAGCUCACCUGCCGCAGCGUUUUGUGAAAUCAUACGAAAGGCGCGGUAAACGCCAUCUGUAGCACGAUUCUAUUAUCGCGCCGUUUGUAGGAUUUCAGUCUAUGUCUAAGUUGAGUUGCUCCAAAUUUCCUAAUUAUGUGGGCGAUUUUAAACCCCAUUUCUCAUAUUUUGUCCAAUUUCUAACUAAAUUUAUGACUAUCUAAUUUAAAACUUAGUUAACUAAAAUUUAGUCAAACGCGACUAUGCUUUCUUCUAUCAAAACUUAACUUUGUGUCACUUAAGGACAGAAUAAAGUAAAAAUAUAUUGAUUCAUCCCCAAACAUAACAAAGUUAAGGCGCA